AUGCAACGAUCCGCAUUCAUCAUCUGUGUGAUCGUAUCUGGUCUGCUUGCCAUCCUGAGUGUCAUUGCUUUGAGUAUUCUGAGCAUACUUUUCCACUGGAUGGUCCUGAAAAAUACUCGAUUGGACGAUACGAAUUCCUUAAUCUAUAAACAAUGGCUUCAACCGUCCGUGCCAAUCUAUUUACAAUUCUAUUUUUUCCAACUAUCCAAUCCGGUCAUGUUUCAAAAUGGUUCGAAACCACACGUGAUUCAACAAGGACCGUACACUUACCGAGAGCGCCGAUUCAAGCAACAUGUGGUUGUCAAUUGGCACAAUCAUACUAUUCGCUACCGUGAAAUCAAACAGUACCAUUUCGAACGUGAUCUAUCGGUCGGUCCAGAAUCGGAUCAGAUAACCACUGUGAAUUUGGUCUACCUAUCCCUUGCACAGCGUUUGGGUUCACUACCCACGUUUAUCAUCAGACUAAUUGAACAGUUUGAACGAAUGUCUGGAGAAGGUUUAUUCGUCCGACGAAACGUUAGCGAGCUGCUUUGGGGUUAUGAAGACCCGUUGUUGCAUUUCCUAAAAAAAUUCAUUUCAGUUCCAACUUCUCGGAUCGGUUUGUAUCUGGAUCGCAACAACAGCGAUGGUGUGGAUGUGGAAAUCGAUACGGGGCUAGAAAAUCCUGCCCUGUUUGGAACCAUUCGAUUGUAUAAUGGUUCCAGGUACCAAACCUGUUGGACGACUGAUCAAGCCAAUCAGGUGAACGGAACAGAUGGCAGUCUGUUUCACCCGUUUUUGCAACCCGACGAAGGAUUGUAUAUUUUCGCACCGGACAUUUGUCGUUCCAUCUAUUUCACACCCAGGUCUGUUUCCAGGAUCCGGGGUGUUGCAACGGUCAAGUAUCUUCCACUGGAGGACACUUUUGAUUCUCCCCUGAUAAAUGAAAAAAACCGCGGAUUUUGUCUUCAUUGGCCCUAUUGCAUGAAAAGUGGUGUACUGGACAUGUCCACCUGUCAACCUGGUGCACCUAUUGUGAUUUCAAUGCCACACCUUGUCCAUGUAAGUUCAAAAUUUGUUCUGAGAGUUCAAUUUUGUUGUGUGAAUGUGUUCGUGGGCAGGUCUGAAAGGUGGGUUUUUGAGCCCAGGGAAGGAGAGCUUGGAGUAAACGCCUCGGGGCACAUAGUUCGGGGGUUUUGUUUAAUACAAAUGGCUCUGGCUAACGUGCUCAUACUUAGACCGCUUCGGGGCAACAUGAUAAAUUGA